CCUGCGGUUAGUGCGGGCGGCUGGCAGGACACCCCGGCAGCAAGCUGGGAAGAAGAGCCUUGCUUUGCACUUCCCAACCACGCGUGGGGAGCAGCUUCCCCUGUCCCGCGUUCGGCUCCCAGGCGCGCAGGGCUCAAUUUGGUGCGCUUAUCUCUCCUCGCCGCCCUCCCAGCUGCCUUGGCCUCCCAGGCCCUAGACUCUGUGUCCCUCUGUCCCGGCGGAUGUCCUGAGUCGCCACCCGCCGGCUCCGCGCGCCCUGGGGCCGCGGCUGCUCGGGGAAGUAGAGGCGCGCACGCCGGGUAUGCGCCGUCAGCAUGGGCUCGUGGCUCGGCGAGGUGCAGUGGCUCUUCCUGGUGUCGCUCUUCGUCGCGGCCCUGGGCACCGUGGGCCUGUACUUGGCGCAGUGGGCGCUGGCCAAGGCGCGACCCCCGCCCCGGCGGCGGGCGGAGCCGGAUGAGCUAAGGCGCCAGGAGUCGGACACCCUCCUUUCCUGGAUACUGACACGGGAUAGCUGGGGGAACCAGUGGCUGGCUGCCUGGGUGACUGCCCUGAACUACGAGGCUGAAAGGAGUGGGGGUCCACUGCGUCUCUCUUUCCAGAAGGACCCACGGCCACAGUCCUUGCAACUGACAGUUGGGGAGGUAUCCAGUGUGGUCAAGUCAGCCCAGGAGAAGAUGGUGAUCUGUCAUGUGGUGGGCGAGAAUCUUCAGUUCUUGGUCAGUGCGGGCCCUGCCUCUACCACAGGCUCAGAGUGCCAGCUAUAUGAUGUCCAGCUUUCCCCCUUUCAUUUAAAGGUGCAGUUCCACAUGCAAGAGAAGAGAGAAGACAUCCAGAUCACAUGGUCCUUUACCUGUGCCCCAGAAACAGCCAUCAGGAUCCAGCCCCAGGCCCCAGGGGAGAAGCAGGUGCUGGAGGUAAACGUGCUUUCUGAAGCCCUCAAGGAUCUUUUCAAGCACCUAGUUAGUGCUGCCUCGCCAUCUGUUUUCCUGAGCACCAAGCCCAUGCAGGCCAAGGAAGCUCAGACUCUACAGUGUACUUCCUCCACUGCUCAGGAACCCUGCCCUCCCAAACCUCCAAGGGCUCAUGAACUAAAAUUGCAGGUGAAGAAUAUCCGAGUUUCCCUGCUAAACCACCCUGGUGCUUCAGGCAUUAGCCAUAUGUGUGUGGCCCAGCUGAACGAGCCUGCACAGCGAUUCAUCAGCACCCUAGUGAGAAACACUACUGACCUCAGCUGGGAGGAGGAGUUCACCUUUGAACUGAAUGCCAAAUCCAAGGAGCUGCUCCUGCAGAUCUCACAGGAGGAGUGCUCGUCUGAAGGUCUGAUGGGGAUAGCAACCGUUCACCUGGACUUAUUUAGGAAGCAGCCUAAUGGCCCACAGACCUUCAGACUGGUCAGUGGGACAGAGCCUGAAAGCUCGGUGUUGGGCUCAGUCACUGCAGAGUUUUCGUAUGUAGAACCUGGUGAUCUGAAGUCCUGGCCAGCUCCUCCCCUCGUUUCUGCUACAAAGAUAGAAAAGGACCGUACAGUGAUGCCAUGUGGGACUGUGGUCACCACUGUCACUGCCGUGAAGACCAAACCUCGCUUUGACACUGGGAGGGCAUCCCCGUUGAGCUCAGAGUCCCCUGUGAGGACACCUAUCAAAGUGAAGGUCAUUGAAAAGGACAUCUCUGUCCAGGCCAUUUCGUGCCACAGCGCCCCAGUCAGCAAGACACUCUCCUCUUCUGACACGGAACUGUUGGUACUGAACAGCUCAGAUCCUGUGGCUGAAGUUGCCAUUCGGCAGCUCAGCGAGUCCUCAAAGCUGAAACUGAAGUCCCCACGGAAGAAAAGCACCAUCAUAAUUUCAGGGAUCUCCAAGACCUCACUAUCUCAGGACCACAGUGCUGCCCUCAUGCUGAACUAUGCAGCUUCUAUGGACAGCACCAACCAGGGAGAGGCCACUUCUGCUUUGUGCCAUCCAGAGGCAACUGAAGCCUCUGCCACCACCCCACCUGAAGAAAAUGAGCCAGCCCAAGCCCUACCAGUCCUCGAGCCCAGAGAGGAUGAUUUAGAUUCCUGGGACCUGGAGAAGGAGUCUCCGGUAGCAUCGUGGAGCGGUCCAGUCUUGCAGGAUCCUGAUGGGGACGAACUGUCAGAGAGCUCCCUGAGUACUUCAGAGCUAGGAGCCAUCAAGAAGCAUAAAGGAUCACUAUGUCAACCAGAAUUAAUUACCUACACAAAGGAAUCCUAAGGAAAGGUGCCAAGCUCUUCUUCCGCCGGCGACACCAUCAGAAAGACCCAAGCUUGAGCCAGUCGCAUAACGACCUGGUAUUCCUGCAGCAGCCAGAGGGGAGGCAGAAGAAAGGGGCGACCCUCAGCCGGCUCCUGAACAGAAAGCUGCUUACCAGGCACAGAGGCAAACACACCCUCAAUGGACCACCCAGAGAGCCCUGCAUAUAGCCCGAGUCACCUCCUAUCCUCACAGCUGGAGGAUGACCAGUACCAUCAGAUGCCUGCUUGUCUAGCUUGGGUCCCCCCCCCCCAAUAAUCUAGUCUUUUAAAGGGAAAAAAAAGCAAUCUGUGUGUAUGGCUGGGAAGCUUCUGAUAACUCAGUCCAGUUUGCUACCGGAUACUCAGUGUCUGACUCCAGCUUCACCAUGCCAUCCAAGUGCCGAGGGUGAACUUAAGAGGGAGACUUGCAUCAUUGAAGCCAUGUGUGGGCUGAUGGACUAUGGAUGGUAGGCAGGAGGGAUCCCAGUCCACCUACUUCUUCCUCUCUCUUGCAGGACUAUUGGGGUUCAUGUCUAGACCAUGUCAUGAGGGAGAGGUGUUCCUCUGGGCUGUUGCUAUGAGCAGGAUGGGCUACCUCACCUAACUUGUUUAGAAUUAAAAAGGGCACCUGGUGCCGGGGACAGGAGUAUGGAUGUAGACAGGAAUUUUGACCCAUGGGGAAAAGAUAGGAAAAGAUGUGCUUUGACAAGUGUGAGGUGUUCACCUUUGAUAUUAGCCAUAGAAAUUAAAAAGUAUGCAAACACUAAGUAUGUUCUAUGCAGAUUGUGCCAGACGCUUCCAGAUUUACUCUAGCCUUCUUGCAAGUGGAGGUGUAGACAUUCAGAUGUGUUUCUUCGUUUCUUAUGUCAGGGACUCUGUUUUUUUCCAUAGUGCAGACAGCAUGCUGAGUUCAAAUAUGCUGAGGUUGACAUCAGGAGCAAUUAAUGACAGCUUACAGGACAUGACCACACAUAUAUGGUUCUUGCCAAAUAUAGCUGACAGCCAAAUCAAAGAACUUUUAGAGCAACUGAGGAAAUUGCUCUCAGAUGCUAGUUAGUUUUAGGAGUAGAAGUUCCAAAGCAAUGGGCCAAACUUGCAGGAAUUUUUUUUUUUUUUGGAUCUUCAGAAUUUUACUGUGAACAGAGACUCCUGGUCAUAUUUUAGGGUAUUCUGGUUUUGGUUUACUACGGGAAAAUUAUAAAGUUGGCACCUGGCUUCAGUGUCCCCACAUAAGGCUCGUAAGGUGCUGUCCUCAUCUGUGUGCCUGGCACUGUGGGUUCACCGGGUGUCACAACCCUCCAGGGCCAUUGUCUUUGGGUUAGGGUGUCAAUUUUCUUCCCACAGUAGUGGAAAAGCUGACAGAAAGACCUAUGAGCUCUGUCACUGAUAUGAAGUCAGGAAGUUCCUUCUGGUGUCUUCUGUUCAUUAGAAACAUGUAUUUCAGGGGCAAAGUCACUGUUGACUAAAAAUGUCUAUGGAAGCCAACAUUAUAGGAAAAUGUUCUCUUUUUUUCUUGUUUUAGCAAGAAAGAUUUGUAAACUACAUUUAGAAAUCCUUUUUCUUUCUUUCUGUUCUUUUCCUCAGUUUUUGGGAUUAAACCUGUAUCUUUGUGCACACUAGACAAGCCCUUGUCCACUGAACUAUUUCCCUGGCCCUCUUUUCACUUUUUGGUCAUCGUAGUUGUCAGGGUGUUUUACUGCUGUGAACAGACACCAUGACCAAGACAUCUCUUCCUAAGGACAACAUUUAAUUGGGGCUGGCUUACAGGUUCAGAGGAUUGUCCAUUACCAUCAAGGUGGGAACAUGGCGGCGUCCAGGCAGGCAUGGCACUGGAGGAGCAGAGGGUUCUACAUCUCAUUCGGUAGUCAGCUAGGAAAAGACUGGCUCUUUUGUACUGGGCAGCUUCGAAACCCACACCCACAGUGAUGCACUUCCUCCAACAAGGCCACACCUCCAAACAGUGCCACUCCCUGGGCCAAGCGUAUUCACAAUCAUCGUCAUCAUGAUUACUGUCAUUAUCGAGCUAAGGUUUUACUAAGUUGCUGCCUGGGCUGCCCUGUAAUUCAUUCUGUAGCCCAAGCGUAUCUCGGGACCCUGAUUCUCCUGCCUUCGUCUUUCAAGUUGCCGUGAGUACAGGUCUGAGCCAUUGGACCCAGUGAACUUUCAAAUAAACAUUUGAAAAUUCUUGAUGGGUGCGCUGGUGGUUCAGGCCUGUGGUCCUAGCACUUAGAGGUGGGGAGAGGAGAACGUUAGCUUCCAUCUCAACCUGGGCUACAUGAGACCCCCUUCUCAAAGCAAACAACAGAAAUAGAAGAAAAAGAACCUCGAAGACUCUCAGGUAGUUCUCAGAUGACGUUGAAGGGACAUUAUAAACCUGCUUUGUCUUUAAAGACCUCCAAAUGUUACUCACUGCAAAGUUCUAGAAUGGCGCGUCAAUACUAAGUUGGUUCCCAAAGCCAGUAAUCCUCACUACUUUUUGGGAAUGGAAGUGAUUUAAAUGCUGUGCUUUACUUGAAGUAUUGUUACUCCAUGCAGUUUGCAGAACUGUGACCCAUAGCUGUCAAUUCCCAGAGACUACAGGGGCCAGGAUUUCUGAUUCUGAUGCUGUAUUUUCAGUGUGGGGCCGUAGCCCUCAUCCAACAUACUUGGGGCCAGAGCUGUUUCAGACUUCUUUUGGAUCUGGGGAUAUCUUGAAAAGGCUUUACUGUCUGAGCAUCCCUGCAUCUCAAAACAUAAAAAUUUCAGAAAUAGGAAACCCUUUAGACACUUUACACAGAGUUUUGGGUCUUAGACUUUUGGGUUAGGGCCGCUCAGCCUAUGCAGGUGUUACUGGUUUGACUGGUUUUGGCAUUUAGGUUAAGUUUAUUCAAGUGUGAAGGUAUCAGCAUUUUAGAUUAUACUCUUAGCAAGAACAGAAAAGAACAAAUGAGUUUUAGCCAUCCUAGCUCACAAACGAUUCUGUGAGCAUCCCGCCCCCGGCUUCUCAACUACGUGUGAGACCUGCUUCUUCUAGGGUCUCUACUGAGUAGCUUUUGCCAGUUGUGAACAACAUCAGGGCAGAGUGUGCAGAGAUGGCAGACAGGUAGCCUGGGAGAGUAACGUGAGAGAACGGGCCUUUCCCAUACUAUAAAAGCCCUUCUCCAAGCUGCUUAUCCACUUCUGUUUCUUCACAGUGUAGGGUAAUUAUGUUGAAAUGAGUCAUUAAGAUUAUGUACCAGGUGCCAACAGCACACAGGCACAAGUCACCGCUGUCCAACCAUCUCCUCUACGUCCUUUGGUUUCGCUUCUGUCUUAAGAUUUCCACAGAGUGCUAGUUUUGAAGCAGUUUUUCGUGAACACUAAUCCAUGCGUCUGUGAAUCUGGAGGCAGAACUCAGGUUUGGCUGGAGUUGGGCACGUUUCCCCUGUCCUCCAUGCAGUGAGUGACUGAAUAGAGCUGUUUGUGUGAUGUUGGUGUAACAAUAACUAGGGCUCUCUUGCUCUGAUUGAAAACACACUGUGAGCAAGAGAAUUUUAGACAAAGCACUUUAUUUUACAUUUUAGUUUAGGCUCAAAACUAGCCCUGCUUCCUAGCUGUGGCUGCUUGGCCAUUUGUUGCUGACCAGUUCCAAAUCAGAUUUUUGCUUGGGUUUUCCCUGGCCACAUUUACAGAAAAGAGUUGUGAAUUUUCUUAUGUAGAAAGGGGAAGAUUAAUUUACAUUGCUGCCACCCAAAGUGUUUUGUUUUGUUUUGUUUUGUUUUUUGGUUAGUAAGCUCAGGGCUGUCAAUACCAAACUUUCAAAGUUCAAGUUGAUAGAUGGUGGAAGGCAAAAUGUGUCUGUCACAGAAACAGGUGUGGGUCCUGACUGACAACCAGGCACUUUCCCCACUAUCGAAACAGGCGAAAAGACUUGUGGACCAAAGCACCUGUACAGGGACAAAGACACCGUUCAAACCAGCAGUGCAAGCUCCUAUCACCUCUGGCUCUAUGCAAAAUGUCCGUGUUCUGCGUAUAAAUAAGUUUUGGGAUCACCAAGCUGCCUGGCUCACUGUGCUGAUAGUGGAAUGAAGAUUAUCCCUCGGGCUGUAAGCUGCAGCUUUCUGCCCACUGUCAUGUCAAAUCUCUAUGGCAAGGAGAAUAAAAGCAAAGGCUUCCCAGGUAUGUGGUGAGCCUGAAGCUGGUGUGUGACAACUGGCAUCUGUGAAAAUGAUUGUGUUUGUUACAACAGACAUGAGUGGUGCAGGAUGCCAUGCAGUGAGACAUGGCUGCAACUUUACUGACCUCUCAAGAAAUAAAUGUGCCCAUGGAAAACUUUAA